UUAUAAGCUAAGGAGACGAUUAAUGUUGGUUCAAACCUUGGUAACAAAUACGUAUGUACGGAUUUGGCUUUGAUUCAGCGCAGUACAAUAAUUUAGUGCGUUUCACGCCGCGAGAGAGGGCUUACGUAUAUUCAAUGUCCUUCUGAGUUACAUCGACAAUCGUGUUUAUAUUUUUGAAUUAAACUUAUUAGGCUGUGUGCAAAAAGUUCAAUUAAACUAAUGAACGUUUAUUUCUGAACGCAACUAUUAUGUCUAUGAAUUUUAGCGGUAAAAUGUGAUUUUUGUUAGUGUAAACAGUGAAAAAAUUCUGGAAUUAAAAAAGCUCAGCAUGUUGGUCGUGUGGCUGGUGGUUGCGUGCGCGACGGCUGCGCACGCGCUGCGCGUCGGCGUCGGCAUCGCUGAUGUCACUGGUCCACCUGCCGAAAUCGCAUUUAUGGGUUACGCUCAACUAGAACAAACGGGUCAUGGCAUCCAUUUGAGGCAGUUUUCAAGAGCUUUCGUGUUGGAAGAAGGUAGUGAUGAGUCAGCGGAGAGGUUCAUCUUCGUGUCUGUUGAUGCAGCUAUGAUGGGACAUGGUGUAAGGAAAGAGGUCAUCAAACGUCUUCAGAAGAGGUAUGGAGAUUUGUACGGAGAGCACAAUGUGAUAAUCAGUGGGACCCACACCCACUCCACUCCUGGAGGUUUCCUCAUGGACUUUCUUUUUGACCUUCCCAUCCUCGGCUUCGUUAGGGAGACCUAUGCUGCUUACAUUAUUGGUAUUUAUAAGAGUAUCGUCAUAGCUCAUAAUAAAUUAACGGACGCACGUGUAUUGUAUGGGGAAGCUGAGCUUUUGGAUGCUAAUAUCAACCGAUCUCCUACAUCCUAUUUGAGGAAUCCACCAGAGGAAAGAGCUAGGUACAAAUACGAUACAGACAAGACUCUGUCACAGAUUCGCUUCGUGUCUCCAGAGAAUAAGAUCCUGGGUGUGAUUAACUGGUUCGCAGUACAUCCGACCAGUAUGAACAAUACUAAUAAGUUGAUCUCCUCUGAUAAUGUGGGGUAUGCCUCCAUUUUGAUGGAGAAAGCUCUCAAUGGGAACACGACGUUGCCAGGCAAGGGCAGCAUAGUUUGUGCCUUCGCGUCCACGAACCUCGGCGACGUGUCACCAAACACGAGAGGUCCGCACUGUGAGUUCUCAGGCAAGCCGUGCGACCAGGAGACGUUGUUAUGCAAGAGGCCUAAAGAGAGGUGCUUCGCAUCAGGACCUGGACGGGACAUGUUUGAUAGUACCAGGAUCAUUGCUACGAAGCUGUUCCACACUGCCAUGAAUGUUCUAAACGAGCCGGGUGAAGACGUCACAGGUCCUCUGGGCAUCAAACACCAGUACGUGAAGAUGCCAGAACAAGCGGUCGCUCCAUACGACCCGGUCACCGAGACCUUCAAUACGAGUACAAAAGUUUACGGCUGUCUCCCAGCCAUGGGCUAUAGUUUCGCAGCGGGUACUACGGACGGACCUGGAGCAUUCGACUUCAAACAGGGCACCACUACAUCCAAUCCGUUAUGGAAUGCUGUCAGGGACUUCAUUGCUGAACCUACCAAGGAAGACAUCAAGUGUCAAGCGCCUAAACCGAUUUUAUUGGCUACUGGACGGGCCAAAUUCCCUUACGAAUGGCAGCCAAAGGUAGUAUCUUGUUCUGUGGCGAGGAUAGGCGGUCUCAUACUAGCUGCAGUGCCGGGAGAGUUCACCACCAUGUCAGGCCGGAGACUGAGGCAUGUCAUCGCUAAGACUGCACCUGGUGCGAGGAAGGUCGUCAUCGCCGGACUCUCCAAUAUCUAUUCUGAUUAUAUUGCUACGCCUGAGGAGUAUCAGGCGCAAAGGUAUGAAGCAGCGUCUACAAUCUACGGGCCACAUACAUUGGACAUAUAUUUGAACAAAUACGUCGAGCUGACUGAAGCAUUGAUCUCAAGUAAAACAAUCCCACAAGGUCCCGAACCUCCAGAUCUAAGCACUCAACUGAUCUCCUUAGUACCACCUGUAUUAUGGGACUCUGCGCCGUGGGGUCAUGAGUUCGGUGACUGCUUGAAGCAGCCCUUCAAACAGUACAGCUAUGGAGAUGUUGUUAUGACACAAUUUGUAUCUGGUCACCCCCGCAAUAGUAUCCGCCACGGUCGCUGGUACGCCACCGUGGAGCGACUCGAGUCUGAGGAAGAUGACGCAUGGACCACUGUCUUCACUGAUGCUGAUUGGGAAACUAAGUACACUUGGAUCCGUGACUCCAAAGUGAUGGGCACAAGUCGUGCGGAGAUCGAAUGGGAGAUUCCCGUAGGAACUCCAAAGGGAAUCUACAGGAUUCAUCAUUUUGGAAACUACAAAUAUGUGUUGGGUGGCAUCUACCCUUACCAUGGAUUCACGGACAGUUUCGAAGUGUCUUAGGACUUCGAUUGACCAUCUUUACUGUUGUACUACGCAACUUACUAUGAAAAUUAAUAUCAUUGUCAAUUUCUAUUAUUACUGUCCUUCGUAGUGACGGACUUAAGAUAUGCGUUUGAGUAAUUGAAUAUCUCACGUAUAUUAACUAACUAGGAUGAAGGAAUUCCCAGGGACUUUACUUGGGACCAAUUUUAAUCCUUUUGAGUAAAUGGUGAAAUGAAAAUUUUGUUCUAAAUAAUGCCAAGUUAUUGAAUUAUCUUUGGGACCAAUCAGUUAUAAAGAACCCCUAACAUGACAGUGUUUAUGACAUUUUUAUUCUAUACCUAUGUUAUAAGUAGGUACUGUUUUGUAGUAAUAUGCCAAUAUUCUACGAGUAAGUUCCAAACUAUGGCCACUCGUUAGAGCUUUCCAUUGGGUUAUGUAAAUUUAAUCAUUAUUAUACUUUCUUUUAAGGUUUAUUUAUAAAUGUUAAUAGCGUUUACUUGCGCGGGCGCAUUGCGUUCCUUUUAGCUGUAAGAAGAGAUGAAGCCAGUUAUUUCUUGAAGUAAGUAUAAGUUAACGUUGUAUUAUAUAGAUUCUUUAUAUACUUUACAAUUAAUU